AUGUCAAAAAAAGCAAAAUUAGCGAAACAACUAGAAGAUCUUAAGUUUUUAGUACAAAAGAAGUCAGAAUUGCUUGAAAAAAAGAAUAAAAUUGUUUCUGAUUUAUUUAAAUAUGAAACAUUGUAUUUAGAAAUAACACAAGGAUUUCCACUUACAAAAGUUAGUGAUUAUUAUGUAACUAAUAAAUUAGAAAAGAAAAAGUAUUUAAUUAACGAUAAAGACAGGAUAUUUAGUCUUGAAUAUCCAAAAUAA